CGUGCGUGUGUGCGUGCGCCCAGUCGACAUAGAAGCGGUGUGACGUGCGACGCUCAUUCGGCAAUCUUAAUACCGUCGAGCUGUAGAGCCGUAUAGAGGUACCGUACCCUCAGCAUGGAGACACUCAUACAUAAGGAGCUUGCCACUAACGUGUUCCGCUCGUUCGGCUCAGCUGGCGGAGGAAGCAUCAAUGACGGUCACGGUUACACCGUAGACGGCGGCAAGCAAGUGUUCGUAAAAUUAAACUUCAAAGAUGAGGCGAGAAGGCUGUUCGACGGAGAGUAUGCAGGGCUUUUUGCGAUGCAGGCCACGAACACCGUUAGAGUGCCGAAACCAAUUAAGGUGUUGGAUAAUCCGCAAAGUGGUGCCGUGCUGAUAAUGGAACACCUAGAUAUGCACACGCUCAGGCAGCAUAGCGCCAGACUGGGGCUCCGACGUCGCCAGGAUGCACCAGCAUAAUAUCAAGCUGGACAAGCAGCAGAAGAAGGCAGAGAACCGCGUGCGAGGCAGCAGCGACGAUGACGGCGGCGGCGGCGGCGGCGGCGGCGGGGACGUCGUCGUCACGGAGUACGAGAGCAGGUUUGGCUUCCCGAUCACCACCUGCUGCGGCUACCUGCCGCAGGACAACACCUGGUGCUACGACUGGGUGACAUUCUACACCAGAAACAAGCUCAAGGCGCAAAUGGAC